AUGCAUAUCCUCGUUACCAAUGAUGAUGGCCCGCCAUCACCACACUCUUCUCCUUACGUCCACUGUCUAAUCCAGCAGCUUCAGCAGGCGGGCCACACUGUUUCCGUAUGUCUUCCUCACACACAGAGGUCAUGGAUUGGAAAGGCACACAUGAUUGGUCAAACUCUUAAGCCGCUGUACUACCGUCCUUCAUCUGUUGUCCACGGUGAGGAUUCUCCAGGUUCCACUCAUCAUCGACCCUCUCCUUCAGGAGAUGUCGAAGAAUGGAUCUUGAUCGAUGGAACUCCGGCUUCGUGCGUUCAAAUUGGUCUUCACCACUUCUUUCAGGAACGAGGACCUAUCGAUCUUGUCGUUAGUGGACCCAACUACGGUAGAAACACAACUGCCGUGUUUGCUCUCAGCUCGGGAACGCUAGGUGCCGCUCUGGAAGCUGCUGUUUGCCAGAAGAAAUCCAUUGCUCUGAGCUUUGCCUUCUUUACCAGGAACCAUGACCCGGUUAUCAUUGAGGCCGCUUGCCGUCGCAGCGUCAAGGUUAUUGAUGCUCUUUACAAGCAGUGGCCUACAGACGGAAGUGCCGAUCUCUAUAGUGUCAACGUUCCUCUGGUAGAAGGCCUUGAAAAUAACAAGGCUAUCUGGACCAAUGUUCUGCAAAACUACUGGAGAGAAGGUGGUUGCUUCCAAGAGAUUGAAGGUGAGGCAGGAGAUGAGAAUGAGGAAGAGGAGAGGAUACGCGAAGGCGUUGGUGGUGAGGUGGAUGAUGCAGCUCGACCAAGUUCACGCAAGGGGCAUACCCACAAGCACUUCAAGUGGGCGCCAAAGUUCACAGAUGUGUACAAGAGCGUAGAAGAGUCCGAGCCUGGCAACGAUGGAUGGACCGUCAAGGAGGGACUGACAAGCAUCACCCCUCUCAAGGCCAACUUUAUGCAUGGUCCUGGAGAAUUCAACCAGAAAGAGCUUGAACUGGAUUCGGGUUCAGUGGCAAACCAGAACAAGCAAGAGUUGGCAUUGAGACCAAAGGGCCCUUCGGUCCAAGCCGUCAUCUCAUACGAAGAUUCUUACGUUCAACCACUUAUUCUUGACGCCUUGAACUCUCUUUUCCCUCAGGGAGUUUUCAACGUAAUCACUGAAGUACCGGAAUCUGAUGAGCCAGCCCUUGCGAAGAUUGUCCCAUCGGAGGACAACAUUCUGCAGAUCACCUCGUACGAAACUAUCGACUUUGAGUACGCUGCCAGCCAUGAGCGUACAACCCUGAUCAACAGCUACAUGAUUCGAAAAGCCCUUAUUCGAAAGCAUUUCUUGUCGAACACAGUGGAUCACUGGGUUGCAAAGCACCCUGAAUCUGUUCUGAAGAAGCACAUCAAGCGCAGCGAAGCUUUCGAGGUCGACUUUGCCGAGUUCCUGGACGAUGCCCUGGUUGAGGCUUUUGAUCUUCGAGAAAGCAUGGACCGUAAUGAGGAGCAGACAGACCCUAACGCUAAGGAGUGGUGGAUUCUGAAGCCAGGCAUGAGUGACAGAGGUCAGGGCAUCAAACUCUUCAGCACGAUGGACGAACUUCAGAACAUCUUCGAUAUCUGGGAGGAGGAUCAGCCUGACACUGAUGAUGAAGAGGAGGUCGCUGAUAAGGACGACGACGGAGAUUACAUCACAACCUCUCACUUGAGACACUUUGUUGCGCAGCCGUAUAUUCACCCACCUCUACUGGUUGAUGGCGAAAAGCGCAAGUUCCAUAUCCGCACAUAUGUGAUGUGCACUGGAAGCCUUGAUGUCUGGGUCUACAAGCACAUGCUUGCGCUCUUCGCUGGCAAGCCUUACACUGCACCUGCAGAUGCACCAGAGGAUAUCGAGUCUUUCCUCACCAACACUUGUCUCCAGGAUUCACCAAACGAGAACACUGUUCGCCGCUUCUGGGAUCUGCCUCUAUCAAGCGACAUGCGAGAUGACAUCUUCCGUCAGAUCUGCGACGUGACUGGCGAGAUCUUUGAAGCUGCCGCGAAGGCCAUGCCAAUUCAUUUCCAGACAAUGCCCAAUGCUUUCGAAGUCUACGGCCUGGAUUUCCUAGUGGAUGCCCAGGGCACUGCUUAUUUACUCGAGGUGAACGCUUUCCCCGACUUCAAACAGACUGGAGGAGAUCUCAAGGAAAUUGUGUCUGGAUUCUGGAAGGGCGUAAUGAGACACAGUGUUGCGCCAUUCUUCGGUCUCGGGGGCUCAAUUAAGGACCAGGAUGGUGCCGAGGAUAUGGUUCCUGUCCGUAAGGUGGAUUUGGGACGACGAUAA